GUUCCAAACGUGAAUUCGCAGGCUGUCACCGAACCGAGCAGUUGAUCGCCAAAACAGUGUUGUAUUCAGGAUUUAGGCGAAUUAUCCGAUUUUAUCAGAGAAAAUUACGGAAAAGUGUCUGUGAGUGCACAGUGAUCGGUAUGUCGGACAACAGUACGAAUUUUCCACCUCAAACCUACUCGUCUUCUUUCUGUUUGAACGCGCUGGCAGAGGAUGAAAAGUCUGCCUUGAAUGCUGCAAAAUGCAGCAAUCAAAAAGUUGAAGAUGGUGCCGAGAAUGCUCCAAUCUUUGACUGCUUCAUAUCAACGGUAAGUUUUUUCGGAGAGGCGAUUAUUUACUAUAAAUUCCUUAUAAACAAUGAACUAAACUAA